UGCAGUUUUUAUCGUAUAGUUUUCUCAUUUUGUGUUAACUAAAUAAAUAGUGAAAAACGUCUCAAAAUGGUUAUUUGUACCUAUUACCUGAGCAAUAACUGUCGGUUUGGCUCGAAGUGCAACAACGAUCACAUCGAUUUGUCAUCGGUCAUCAAAUCCGAAGUCGAUGUAACCCUCAAGGGAAAUCAGUGGCCGCUGUCCUGUUUUGGGCCAUUCAAGGAACGCAACUGUGUGCCAAAUUUCAUCGAGGACGUCAGCUUCGAGGAGAUCCGGAUGAUGUACCUGGAGGCGAAAAUGCAGAACAACAUUGCCGGCCAUCAGAUGCAACUGAUGCAGAUGAUUAACGAGGCCAAACAAAAGAUGCAGUGGCUUUCGACGACCAACAGGGACAUCAUGAACGCGUUGAUUGAGAUUUACAACCAGCCAGAGGAUUCAGCCAAGGCUAUGCCAACGCAAGCGAAUCCAUUUGCAACGGCACCGAUGGGCGGAGGUAAUGUUGCUUCCGCAGCUAGCAUUUUCGGCGGUGGAACGGCUGGAGGUGGUGGAUUUGGAACGACUGGAGCGGGAUUCGGUGGAGCUGCUGGGGGAACAGCUGGCAACAUAUUUGGAGCUGCUCCAAAUCAGUCCGCUGCGAAUAUAUUCGGAUCCGCUGGAACAGGCAGCACAAUUGGCGGAAGCAUAUUUGCUAAACCAGCUCCUACGGCGACUGGGACAUCCAGCAUCUUUGGCGGUUCAGCCACACUGGGCCAACAGCAGCCGGCCAGUAGUAGUGUGUUCGGGGGUCCCGCUGUAUUCGGAGGAAGUGGCUCUUCCUUGUUUUCGUCUGUUGGUCAACCACAAACAGCAGCAGCUGGCGGGUCCAUCUUUGGGAGUACUACCGGAGCAACUGCAGCCACUUCCGGAAACCUGUUCGCCCAGCCCUUCGGUGGACAACAGCAGUCCCAAAGUCAGAAUUUGUUCGCACAGGCACAGCCUCAAGCUCAGUCGGCAGGAUCGCCGUUCACGGCAGCUCCGGCACCGGCGGCGGCCAGCAAUCCGUUCGGUUCACCUUUCUCGGCAUCAGCCGCACCGCAGCAAAAUCUCUUCCAACAGCAAGCGACGACUGCCCCGCCACCCUUCGGACAAGCCGUUCAACCCUCGUCGCAGCAAAGCCUAUUCCUGCCAGCCCCGCAACCUGCCACCACCACGCAAUCCCCGUUCGGCAGUGCACCAACGGCCGGAGCUUUCGGAGCAGCAGCGACGCAGCAAGCACCGGCGAUGGUUGCCCCGAGUCAGUCGGCCACAGUUUACAGCCGCGUCGAAGAUCUGACCAAGGAACAACUGGAUGCGUUCGCGGCGGAUCGAUUCGAGCUGGGAAAGAUUCCCACGGCGCCGCCUCCACGGGAGAUGUGCAUGUGAAGCGAAGGGAGGUGUGUACCUACUUAGAAGCUAGAUUAUGACCGUGUUACGAAUAAUACUUGGUAAAUUAAUAAAGAUGAUGCACAAGGCAA